UCUCCAGAAAGAGAUAUUUUGAGAAAAUACAAAUCUGAAAAGGAAUCAUCGGAGACACAGAAUAGCUUAAUUAAUAGCUUAAUUAAUAGCAGAUAUUUGUAUUUCUCCCUUUUCGUAAUAGUAAUAUAUAUAUUAUAUAUAUUAGAUAUAGGUUCAUUUAUAUUACUUUUAAAAAAGAAUGAAGUCACAGCACAGAAGCAAACACAGUCCAUAAAUAAUCCUACUUUACUAUUAUCUGAAUCAAUCAAAAACAUCAAGGAAACAUUUUCCAAUCAAGAAUCAUAUAUCUGGAAUGAUAUUUCAUCUGCAAUAAACGAAGUGAAAUCAAGAACUCCCAAGGUACCCUCGAUCAUUCUGCUAUUUGCAAAAGAAACAACCACAAUGGAUUGUUUAGCUACUAAAUUGGCAGAAAUGAGCAGAGAUAUUUUACAUGCAGACGAAUAUCUGACAUUUAAGCCAGAAAAUGUUGGAAACGAUGCUGGCGAGAUUAUUAAUGAAUUAAACAAACUUCCUCUAGAAAAAAAGAAGGUUGUGAUGAUUAAGGACAUAUUGAAUAUUAAUACAGAAGCAAUAAAAGAUUUACAUAAUUUAUGCGAUAGACAUAACCCGUUAGUAGCUGAAGAUCGGAAGA